AUGCCAGCUGUCACGCUUGCGCAGCAAUGUAGGUUCCGGCAUGUGCUCACGUGCGUUUGCCUUAUCGUUCUACUGGGCCUUUUACUCGGCUCUUCACCGACACUUGUGACGGCGAAAGACGAGCCGACGCGUGACGGCAUUGUGCCGCUGCCCGAAGGCGCGCAGCAGGCGGAGUUCGAGUUAGCCAUCCCAGUUCCUGUAGCAGCGUAUGUGGAUCCUGUAGGGCCUUCUGAGCGUCCCAGGGAGGCUGUCGUCGAGGUUUCGGUGGAGGUUCCGCUUGAUGACGGCGCUGUUGCCGAGCACGAUGUGUUGGGUACACCACAAGCGGAUGCGGAUGCCGCUGAUGCUGAAGGGCAGAGUGUGAUUGAGGAGACCAGGGUGGCUGAAGCGAGCCGGGAAGCCGUGGAGACGCGAAGAGACGUGCAGGCGGAGCGAGAAGACGAUAGGCGAUUCGAGGAGAAUGAGAAAGUGGCAGCGGAAGCCCAGGGCCCUUCAGAAGAGGCCGCAGCACAGAGGGCGGUGGAGACGCAAAUGCCCUUUGAGGCUGCAAUGAAGGAGGGGUCCUUUCCAUCGACAACCCGGCUUUCGACUGAGGAAAACGGUGCCCAACCAUCAGGCAGUGGUGCAUUCCAUUCAGCCGACCGCGCGGAAGAAGCAGCGGCACACGAUAGUGAGCAGUCUCCACCGCCGGUUGAUUCGGUGAUGGAGGUAGAACCCUCAUCUUCACCAGGUGCCGCGACCCUCGACACGCAUCUGUCCAUGGAAGAGGUGGGCAAAAACAUGGCCGAGGCGACCAAAAGGGCAGAGGCUCAAAUUGCUGCGGAGGUGCAGCAGACGGAUAAGGCCCCGCACCUUAAGAUGCGCAAGGCGGCCGAAGCCAGUAAGACCGAAGAGGCGAAGCAGUUGGAGGAAACGGGGGUUGCACAGGAGUUAGAAAAAGCGGAGCAAGUCCGCAUAGCUGAAGAAGCGGCUCGACAGGCCGAGGCUGAGAGGCAGGCUGAAGCGACUCUCCGAGCUGAGGAAGCGCGAAAAGAUGAGGAGGAAAGGCUUGCUGAGGAGCGUCGCAAAGUCGAGGAGGCUCGCCAAGCGCAGGAGGCACAACGCGCGGAGGAGACCCGCCUUGCCGAGGAGGCUCGCCAAGCGCAGGAGGCACAACGCGCGGAGGAGACCCGCCUUGCCGAGGAGGCUCGCCAAGCGCAGGAGGCACAACGUGCGGAGGAGACCCGCCUUGCCGAGGAGGCUCGACUCGCACAGGAAAGGCGACUGGCCGCAGAGGCGCAAAGGGCCCAAGAAGAAGCGCGAAUUGCAGAGACGAGGAGGGCGGAAAAGAAACGUCAGGCCGAUGCGGCAGCCGCGAGUGCUUUGCAGCGCAGAAAAGUGGCGGCAGAGGCCCAAAGUCGGCUGAAUUCAGAACGGAAGAAAGCGCUUGCCAAGAUAGACGAUGAAAGGGCACGGUUCCAGACAGCAGCAGCCGAGCUAACAACACAACAGGAGGAGGAGAAGUCGUCUGCGGCGCGGCGCGAAAAGGCCGUUGCUGCCGAACUGCAGAAGACCAUGGAGAAAAAGCUCGAGGCCCUCCAGCACGAUCUCGUGACGCUGGGGCAUGUCUCGGUGACGCUUCGCGACAGGGUGAGCGAGCUCCUGCGCAGUAGUACAUCACUUACGCAGGUGCAGGAGGACGUCCAGGUGUUGGAUGGGAUGGUGGUGAAGGCGGGUGAGACGCUCGAUAGCAUUCGUGAGGCGACCGACUCACUCGCAGAUGCGGCGCGUGCGGCUGUAGGGCAUCAGAAAGAUGCCCCUGCUACAACGGCACAGAAGAUCACGCUACUAGCGAAGCAGAAGAUGGAACUGGAAACUGCUCACGACGCUGCGAUCCAGCACCUCCUGGCGCGCCUGCAGAUCCUUGACUCACAGUUGGCAGGGAUGGCGGAGCCGACAGAGACAGAGGAGGCAGCGGUUGCAGGGCCUGCCGAGGCUGCUGAGGGCACGGCCACCCCUCCCCUGUCGCCUGUUACAGCUGCAGCAGUGGGGAAACCGAAAGAGGUAGCGCCGCUGCCCUCCGAGGCCCCCCGACCAGUGGGGACCUCCACAAUUGCUCCGGCUCCCUCCGCUCCCCGAGCGGAGCCAUGGGUGAACUCGCCAAGGCACGCGGAGGAGAGCCCCAAUCGAUACCGCCGCGAGCUGAUCGAAACGCCGGCAAAUCAGGCCGGGGAAGAAGGCUACAGCGAAGACAGUUACGAGGUCCACCUCCGCGAGGGCGGCGCACCGUGCAAGGUGAAUCGGCACAUGGAGAUUGUUGGGACAGCGGUGGUGAUUACUAUCGCCGCAACGGUGCAGACACUACGCUGGUGCCGCAGUGGGUGUCGCGGUGGUGAGGAGGAGGAUGAGGAGACCUCCAAGGAUGUGACACCAGAACUUCAAGCAAGAGAGACAUCCUCGGCAUCCCCACACAAGUCGCUUCCUCAGAGCGGCGGUCCGUUGCAGCAGCGGCCGCAGGCAUCACCACCGUCUACGUUUCCACCUCAGGGAGCCAACGCAACACCCGACCGAGGUGGUAUGGAGUCGCCGAGUCGUUGGGAAAGCGGCAGUAUUGCGCCGCCGUCGCAGCGCGGCACGCCAUCCGCCUCUUCCGAGCAAAUGCGCUUACUUGCCGAGAAGGGCGACACCCUUUCGCCGACACCCGUGCCGCGCCACCACUCGGACGGCUUUCCGCUCGGUGCCCCGGUGCCGGGCAAGCCUGGGGUCACCCGAAGACCUCCACAUGGGACCUCGCCUCUCGACACUGCACGCGCGCCGCCGCCACCACCGGGUGCGACAUCCCCAUUUACGCCGUCUCGAAACGAAACCCUGGGCAUGUCUCCUACUCCCGUGCAGCGGCAGCUGCCGCUGCCUGGCGGGCAGUUUGGUGACCCGUCUCCGCCACCACUGUCGGGUCACCCGCCAAUGGCGGGAACACCACUGCAGAUGCACCGCCGCCGAAACAAUGGUGACGACUUUGAGCUGCACAACCCCUUUCUCUCGCGUUGGUCGUAG